AUGAAGUCUUCCAGGCCAACCUACCCCAGCGUUCCCAAUCCUUACCCACCAACAGACUCCAUGGCUCCUAGGCCUCAGCAACCUCUGGGUUUUGUAAAUACAGGAUACCAAGAACAGAGAGGGCAAGUUUCUUUCUACACAUCUCCAGAAAUCUUCUCCAGCAAUCAGCUGGGUCAAGGAAAUCCAACAAUGAUAAAUCCAGCUAUAGGAACAGCAGUGACAAACCUUAAAGAAGGGAAAAGCCUAGGGUUCAUUGUUUCUGGCGUGCUCUCCAUAGCAGCGUCCAAGGAAUUCUCUCCUUGUCAGAUAAAAGGCACCUUGGGAAUGAACAUUGUUAGUGCCAUCUUUGUGCUUGCAGGAGUGAUUCUGUUGCUGUUUGAUAUGAGCAUCAACAGCCUUUCAAGUCAAGACUACUGGGCUGUGGUUUCUGGGAGAGGAAUUUCAGGCAUGCUGACCAUCUUCUCCUUGUUGGAGUUCAGCAUAGCAUGUACUACGGCCCAUUUUGCCAACCAAACCAUCAUCUGUGCCAGCAGGUCUGUCCUCGUUGUUCCAACUGUGUUUACAGCCAACCCUUUGACACAAGAAUCUUCCACAGUUCCUCCCAGAUAUGGUGGCCUCCCAGCUUAUGCUCCUAGACCCUAAAAGACAAAUGACCAUCGAUACAAUUUCAUGGGGUAAAACGUCUCUGCAACAAUCUCAUAAGAAGCUGACUUUUGCUGUCUAUGAUGCUUCCAGAUCUAGUCAGAAACAGUGUUUGAGAUUUGUUUCUGAGUUCAAAGCUAACAAUAACUGGAUCUUCCAGUCACUGUCUCACUCUGCUUACAUCACUGCACCCUGGUAAAGGUGAAGAACACUAUGAAUAUGACUCUGUGACUCUUUUAACAUUAGAAGUCUUCCUAGUCAGAGCUGGAGAGAUGGCUC